AUGUGCAAAACUGAAAAACAUAAUGGCAUUCAGAAAUUGGAUAAAAAAAUCAGAUUGUUAGGAUAUUACAAAGUUAGAGUUCGAGUUAGUUUUAUUGAAGCCCGAAAGCUUUGCCAACUUACUGAAAGAGUCUUGGAUCUUGAUAUUUAUAGACAACUGCACAGCCCUAGCAAUAAUGAGGUUAGAAGUCAAAUGAUAAUAGCAAAAGAAGGUCUACAAAAAGUUGUGGCAAACUUCCAAGUAAUAGCUGUUACUUCUGGAGUUAAAUUGAAAGGCAUUGCCUCUGCCAGAGCUGUGAGUAAUGUUUGUAUCAGGCCUGUUAGGGUUUGUGAAGCUCUAGAAGAACCCAAAAUAGAAAUUCUUAACA